CUGAAGCACAAGAUAGGGAGCCCUAAGACUAAGACUACUGUACCCAUUUGCUUCCAGCUCUCCAUUCCUCUCUCGAUGUCCCGACGCGAUUCUGAUUCCAGACGACACCGUUCCAAGUUCGACAGGGAACCCAGUCCCAAGAGGUCUAGGAGGGAUGAGAAAGACAGAGUCCUUGAAAAGAGUAAUGUGGAGGGUGCAAAGAAGACUUACCAGGAUGUCCAGGAACAAAAGCAGCGGCGCAGGCUUCAAGAUGCAUUGCCACUCGAGUCCCCAUUACGAUCCAAUGCCAAGGUGGAAAGUGGGGCUCCCUGGAAGGAGUCAGAUGCGAAACCCAGUGGACAUCAAGAACUAACCAAAAACUCUUCUGAUGCAAAUGAAGUUCCCUGGUCUCGAUCAUAUUUUCAGCAGCAUGAUGAGCAUAAUGGUGCCGGACAAGCUGUUCGGAGCUCUGGCCGUGGUUCAACUUCUGAACAUGGACGCCGGAGGGAUUCGAGGGAUCAGCAUGAUGAUAAGACAACGAGCAAAAAAACUAAUGGUUCACGGCUAAGAAAUGAGAAACCUAAUGGUGAUGAAAACAGGAGCUGGCGUCAUGAUCGUUACUCAGAAUUGGAGGCUGAUCUACCAGCUGCAAGGAAAAGACCGGCAUUCAGGGAGAUGAAGGCUCCACUGGAGUCUGAAGAUACUGAAAAAACAGCAGUAGAGACUGCAAAGUCAAGCCAUCUUGACCGUUCGAUGGAUGGAAAUAGAAAAAAGGAAGAAAGAAGUGACAACCGACGCCACUUGGAUAGAUCUGAUAAGCAAUUUGGGGGAGACAGGGUGCGUCACAAGGGAGAAGCACAGAGGGGUGUCUUUCCUUCAAGAGAAAGGUACACCAAUGGUGCUGCUGUCCGCAACUACAGAGGAAGAGAUAGAUUCGGUGAGAGACAAGAAUUUCAUUCCAGUGGUGGUCGUGUUGAGAAAUGGGAACAUGAUUUAUAUCAUGAGGCUAACAGGAGUCCAACACCAAAAAAUGAAGAGGAUCAAAUUGCAAAGGUAGAAACUCUUUUGGCUUCAUAGGAUUUGCAAAUGUGUGCAUAUGCACUAGGGAGAAACACUUUUGGUUCACAGGAAUUGAUAGCAGUUUUCUAUCGUGCCUUUAGGUGUCUUGUUGAUUUGUAACAAAUUCUAAAGUACUUUUGAGGGUCUACUAUUGUCUUAUAAGUUGAACCUUCUGUUUUUGUUGGAC